AGAAGAAAACCUAACAGCGAUUCCCUCACAGUGAAAAUGGCGCUAUGCGAAGCCGAAGAUUGAAGUUCUUUUGGAAGCAGCGCAAGCAGCCCAGCGAGUUAGGUGUGGGAUUCGCGCCGAGCCGAUUAUGACGGACUAUCACCGGAACAUUCGCCAAGGUUAACGAAACAUUCGUGGGUUCCCGAUCAAAGCCGACUACACGCGAGGCAGUGAGCGAUGCAUGCACUGACAGCACAGGUCACUAGCAGCCUGCUGCCUUUCCCUGCAGUGACCCUCGAGGCUCUGGGAGAAGACGAGAUCACUCUGGACUCUGUGCUUCAUGGCAGGUUUACGACUGGCCGAGGAGGACAUGCUUGGCUUGCCUGUGGCCCCCACCUGGAGUUUCUCCAUUCGCUGACUGGGGAACGUCUGUCUGCAUACUGCUUCAGCGGUGGAGGGGAGCACUCGCCUGGUGUCCUCACAGCGAGGGACUUCAGCUGGCUCAAAAGGUCUGGAUUGCUGGUGGGCUUGGAGGAAACAGAAGGCAGUGUACUAUGUCUUUAUGACUUGGGACUGUCAAAGGUGGCCAAAGCUGUACUUAUACCAGGAAGGAUAACAGGCAUUGAACCUUUAGUGAGUUAUGGUGGCGCCAGCACCUCAACCCAACACCUUCACCAGAGUCUUCGCUGGUUCUUUGGCAUUGCCGCCAUAGUAACAGAUCUGGGUCAUGUUCUGCUGGUGGACCUCUGUCUGGACGAUUUGUCUUGUAGCCAGAGUGAGCUGGAGGCCUCAGACUUGCAAGUAGUGACCAAAUCUCCAGGUGCAAUUCCCAGACUCAGGGAGGAAAGCAGCAGAGAGGGCAGACAUCUUUGCCUCCAACUCAAUGAGCCCAGUGGUGUUUCAGUCACAGCUCUGCAGUACAUCCCCAGAACCAACCAACUGGCCGUGGGCUUCGCCGAUGGCUAUUUGCAGCUUUGGAACUUGAAGUCUCUUAGAAAAGAAUACCACUCCCAGUUAGAUGGUGGCAGGGUGCCUGUCCAUGCCUUCACCUUCCAGGAGCCUGAAAAUGACCCCAGGAACUGCUGCUAUCUCUGGGCUGUGCAGUCUACUCAGGAUCAAGAAGGAGAUAUGGUCACUCUCCGCCUGCUUCAACUGGCCUACAGUGAGCGCAAGUGUCUAUCCUCAGGGAAGAUCCUCUAUGAGGGUCUAGAGUACUGCGAGGAGCGUUACAGUCAGGAGCUGAGUGGUGCAGCUUUCCCUCUGAGGGCAGAGACCACCAACACCCGCCUGCUGACCUACCAGACCAUCGAGAAAUACCGGCCCCACCCUGACCGGGAUGACAGCAUGAAUGAAGCUGCAUCCCCAGAUACAAGCGUGUCCAUCUUCAGCUGGCAAGUCAAGACCUAUGGUCAAGGAACACCAUCAACCUACAUCGGAAUUUUUGACAUCAACCGCUGGUACCAUGCUCAGAUGCCAGACUCAUUAAGAGCGGGCGAGUCUCUGCAGAACUGUACAUACAUUGCAGUGUGGUGUCUGGACCAAGUGAUGCAGAUGACUUCUCCGCACAUCCUGCUGGAUGUGGUGGUACAGGAGCACAGUCUCAGCCGAGGCCUACCCUUAACUUUCCCACCACCAGAACAGUACUUUAAUCCAACCGCAUAUAACUUUGACGCUACUUGCUUAUUCAACACUGGAAUUAUGCAUACAACAUGCUCCGGAUAUCAGAAAGAGACCCUGAGCUUUUUGAAGAAAGCUGCUCCUUGCUCUAGUGAUGUUAUUUCCAGCAGUUACUUGCGCUGCCUAAUGUCUGGCUUGUUGUCAUCUCGCCUGGCUGAUGCACACAACUCCAGCAUCUCUCAGGAGGAGCAGCUCGAUGCGAUCCUAUCAACUGCCGUAGAGACCAGCUCUUUGGGACUGAUUACUGGUUGCAUCAAGCAGUGGACUGCUGAGGAACAGCCAGGCUCUGCAUUGAACCUGCGCUAUAUCUUGGAUUGGGCUUGGAACAAAGUGAUCCAAACCAAGGAAGAACUGGAUGGCAUCUGUACUCCACUGUUCGACAGCUCCUCCAAUUUCACAGACCCUCAGACCAUGCAGCUGCUGCAGCACAGCCAGCAACUGCUGGAGAACCUCAGCACCAUCUUCCACUGUCUGCUCAAUGAGGCCCAGGAGCUAACACAGAAAGGUCUAGUUGGUCUGAUCAACAAAAACAUGGUGUCCAGUCUGAUUUCCAAGUAUGCACAAGUCAUCCUCUGGUUCUGUCGCACUGGCCUGCUGCCUGAGGGGUCAGAUGUAGAUGCCAUGCAGAUCUCCAGGCCUUUCUACAGUCACUCUGUCAUCAGCAACUAUUACUCUAUUCGUAGAGAGGAGCUCACCACAAUGGCAAAGGGCAAGUGGUGUGCAGAUUGCCUGAUGAUUGACAGUUUGGUCAAUCAGUGUGGAGAACGCUUAAUCAGUCUGUGGAAAAGGGACGAUGUUGGCACAGGACAGUACCCACCGCCUACCCUACAUGCUCUGCUAGAUAUUUAUCUUCUGGAAAAUGUUGAAGAAGCUGUAAAACAUGCUGUUGUAAUCUACCUGUUGUUGGAUGUUAUGUGCUCCUUCCCAAAUAAGGAGGGAGCAUCCGUGGAGUCUUUUCCCCAUGCUUUUGCCAUCCCCACUGGACUGGUCAAACUGGUCCAAGGCCUGUGGUUGUUGGAUCAUCGUGACCAUCAGAGUGCAUUCGAGGUGCUCCUCCAUCCGGCCGCAUCUCAAUGUCACUUUGAGUGGCAGCAUGAACGUGUCCUUCAAGCGCUGAUGUGCCAGGGCCAACACUUGAUGGCACUGCGCUACUUUCAUGUUACAAAGCCUCUGAUUUCCUCCACUUCCCAGGCCAAGCUCUGCCUCUCUGUAUUGCUACAUAACAGAUGUCUAACCGAGGCGUGGUCGUUGCUACGGCAACACUCAAAUCAUCUCAACACGGCAGAGCUGCUGGGAUUCCUAUACGAGAGCUGCCAGGAGCUGGGCCUCAUUAAAGAGCUGCUCAAGCUGCCUCUGGGACACACUGAGCAGGAGACUUUGGAAACGUUCCUUCAAGGUACAGGUGGUCUUCACAACAGAGAAAUACUCAUGGUUCAUUAUCUUCAGCAAGCCAACUACAUACCUGCAUUGCAACUAAACCACAGCCUCAAAAUGCACCUUGUGAACGAGCGAGACCCAAAACUUAAAGAGCGUUCCAACACACGCAACUCUAUUUUAGAACAGUAUGGCAAAGUUCUGCCCAGAGUGCAGAGGAAACUGGCAAUGGAGAGAGCCAGACCCUACCAACAUCCCAGCACUGUCCACAAAGAAGUGACUCGGCCGCAGCCACUGUCAGCCAUUAGCAAGCGUUCUGCCAAUGAGAAGGUAAUGUCCAGGGCAGGCUUCAUCAACAAUGUUCUGACCAAGAUUGAGGAGGUGUGGUUGGACAAAGGAGAUACACCAAACUCCUCCUCUCUUAAGAGUCCAAGGUCAGCUGGGUUCCUGAGUCCUGGGCUCAAGACUGCAUCUCAAGCCCAACCACAACCUUUCUUAGGAACGCCAGUCACGAUGAGCUCUAAAAGAAAAUCAAGACUAAUAGACCUGAUGGUUCAUCCCUCCUGUCACAUGCCUUGGCCUCUGAUCAGUCCAGCCAGACCCUCAAGUGUUUGGGUUUCUCCAAAAAGCACCUUUAAGGCCCCUGAAUUCAGCCUGUUGCAAACGCCACAGGUUGUCAAGCGAGCUCGUUCCUUGGCUGCUUCAGGCCCUGUUUUUACAGCCUUCACCCCUCAGUCCAUCCUACGCAGCAGCCUGAGGCCCACCCCUGUGGCCACGCCCUCCGUGUCUCCUGGGCGCUCCAUCACACCUUCACUCCGCAGCAAAGAGAGUAGGAUCAUCUUUACUGAACUGGCGGAAUCUCCUGAAUCCCAAAAGGACAUUCACUGGACCAAUGGCAUGGCAGCAGACAGUGAAAUUAGCUUACUAACUAGUCAAACCAGGCUGUCUCAAACACGUAACACCUGGUCCUCCCAACUUUCCGAAGAUAAGGAAGCGGAGCAGCCCCAUGUGAAGUUCAUCACUCCCGAAGGUGGCAUUCCCUCACCCCAGCUGAGAUGCUCUGCCAGGCAGUCAUUCUUAGCAGAAACAACAAAACCAUCAGACCCGACACAAACUCGACUUAGUUUGAGCUUUGACUCCAAACAGACAUCCUUCCAGUCGACAGACACCACUCUGGAGUACUAUGAUGCUCCUCUCUCAAGGGAUCAACAAGAGGAAGAAGAGCAUAUCUAUGCAGACAAGGGAGAUGAUGUAGUGACAGUGAACAUCAAGUUCCCAACUGAUGAAGCAGAGCUAGAGCAAAACUCAUUACCAACAUCUCAGCCAGCCCCUCUACUGAUGCCAAAUGAUGCUGAAAGGGAGGACCAGGAAAAUGAGACAUUUGAAGAAGUGAUGGCGAUCGCUGUGGAACAAGAGGAUAAAAACAAAGAACCAGUCAAUGAGUCUAAUAGAAAGCAAGAAAAUGCUGUAGUUAUUGACUUAGUGGAAGCUUCCAAUCACGGUGAUCGUCUGUUGAUCCUUGAGGAACAAUCUCUGCCACUAAUCAAUGAGGAGGACCCACCCCAGUCAGAGGUCAUGGAAUCCACAGCCUUCAUUGCGCACAUAAAUGAAUGUAGAUUUGCUGAAUCCGAAGCAUCCACUCACCAUUUGAAUGCAUGUCAAGACACUGAAGCCUCAAACUUCAUUGAGCACAUGAAUGUAUGUAGAGAAAAUGAAUCAACGACAAUGAUCCCUGAGCAUUUGAAAGCAUCUGAAGACACUGAUGCUAAAAUUGAACCAGCAGAAAAUAUGGAGCAAUCUACAGAUUUGACCGAGUUUGUGCAGCGACAUUUGUUUGGCAGCGACCUGUCUCCUCCACUGACCCACUCUGGAGUCCAUGACCGUUUAUUAACAACCCCCAGCACUGAGGUGCCAGAUGAUGUCGAAGAGGAUGAUAAGGCUGUUUCUGAAGUUCCACCUGAGCUCAUUAGCCAAAAAUCUACGGUCUCUGUCACCUCAUCAGAGCCGACUGGCGCAGACUCCCACGGUGAAGAAGAUCUGACCGACUUUGUACAGCGACAUUUGUUUGGCGGCGACCUGUCUCCUCCUCUGGCCCGCUCCGGUAUCCAUGAGUUUCCACAGACAACCCCCAGCAAUGAGGCUCCAGCUGAUGUCGAAAAAGACGAUGAGGCUGCUGCUGAAGCACCACCUGUGUUCACCAGCCAAAAAUCCACCGCCUCUGUGACGUCCUCUGAGCCCACCGGCACCGACUCUCACUCUGCUAUGAGUGUCAACGAUGAUAGCGAAGAACUUUCCAGCGCCGAGUCUCAAGAAGAUGAAGAAGAAGAAGAAGAAGAGGAGGAGGAGGAAGAAGAAGAAGAAGAUGACGCGGAGGAGGAGGAAUCUGAUGAAUGUAAUGAGGAAGAGGACUCUGGCAGUGAAGUAGAAAUUAUUGAAGAGGUCCAGGGUAACGGAGGCCUGCGUGGUCUUCCACCCAGCUCUGUCUUUUUACAUCAAGAGCACGAUCACUUCUUACCAGCCUUGUCAGAGCAGGAGGCUGCAGAGUUUUCACUCAUACCGCCAGGUGUCGAAAUGAAGGUGGUUGGAGAGGAGAUGGGAGGAGAGGUAUUGAUGGUGAGACUCGGCGCUGAUACAGGGGUGAUGGAAGCGCUCGAGGACGAUGGACAAGGUUCCUCUUACAUGGAGCUCAAACCUUCAGCCACUCUUCUGGUCCCUCUUGAGAUCAUGGACGGACAACAGGACACAAGUGACAGCGCCUCACUUGGACAGCCUGAGAUUCAACAAACCAUUGUGCUGGAUGACCAGAGGUCCGAAAGUCACAGCCAUUUCUCUCUAUUGCUGGAUGUGGAAGAAGAUGCAAAUGUGUCGUCAAUUGAGGAUGAUCCUCAGUCAUCCCAACCGUCUUCUCAAAAUGUGAUAUCAGUGACUACUGAUGGCCCUGCGACAGAAGCAAGUAUUGUUCUUUUACAUGAAAAAGACCAGGAUGCUAUUGGUAGUGAUGAUGGAACACAAGAUGAUGAACAGAUGGAAAUUAGGCCUGUGGAUGAGAAUAAGACCAAUGGGGAAACUAACCUCCAGAUCAAUUACACCGAGGUAGAACAGAAUGUGGAAGAACCUCACGAGCUUAUAGAAGCUCUUGAACCUACCACCAUAACAGACUCUGAGCAUGCUCCAGAGAAGGAACCUGCUGAAACUUUGGAGGUAAAGGAUCGUAUAGAUUCUGAGGUAACCAAAAAUUUAGAGGAGAUGCAAGGCGAAGCUGAGAAUGUGCAGGACGACAAUAAUACCACCAAUCAUGCAGAAACUCUUAGUUUUGUGGAGGAACAGCACCAGGAACUGGACUACAUAUCUUUAAAAAACAACCUGGAUGACAGGCAAGAAGGUCCAAGCAAGACCACCACGAAUGAAACAAGAAGUGAAGAUGUUGAAGAGGCAAACGAUGUGCAGCGAAAUACAAGUUCUGCCACCAAAUCUGAACAAUGUAGAGUCCCAGAAACACCAGCUUCUCAGAAAAAGAAAAGUGCUCAGUUUACCCCAAAGCAGACGACGACACGAGUGAGUAGAACUGUCACCUUUGUCUCAUCCCUCUCGGAGGAACCAGAGGACACCGACAAGCACCCUGUAGUAAUCUCGGCCUCGCCCAGUCGUACACCUAGAAAAGCUAAACAAAGCAAACAAACCAAAGAACGAGUUGUCACACCGAGGAGAAGCACACGCAAAACACAAGCUGAACUUACUCAAAUCAAGGAGGAAAUUUCUGAGAAGGUCAAUCGGGAGGAAGAUGUGGAUAAUGCUUCUGUAGCUCACAGUACCUCUGUUGGUUCUCCAUCCAAACGACAGGCUUCUCAGAGAGAUGCUUCUUUAAGAAUCAGACAAACGAGUGAAAUCAAAAAAGAGCCUUUCGUUGUCAUCAAGGUAGAAGAGGUCAUUAAUAAAAGCCUUGCUUCAGAACCAACAACCAGGACUUCCACCCCGGCCAAACGCAGGAACACUCAGGCAAUCACUCCAAGGAGGUCCAGCCGCAGAAACCUUAACAACAGCGAGGUGUUGCCCCCAACUUUAGAGGUCUUAGAUGAGAAGGAGGAGGAGGAGGAGGAGGAGAUUUCUGCCCCGAUUGUCAAACACAGUAACAGAAAGACAAAACUCAAACCAUCAAAGGACAACAGAAAUUCAAGCCCUGGUCGGACCACGCGUCAAUCCAGUCGUAUCGCUUUGAAUGUCGAUCAACAGACUGUAGCAAGGACGGAAGCGAGCAUCAGUGAAAAAGGUGAUUUGCAUGAGACUAAGCUGAACAGCACCUUGAGUCACACAAGCCUGCGGCGGACAACCAGGGGUAAACUGUGGGACCACCCAGAGGAGGACCUCUUCGUACUGACUUCGCCUCUAGAAGUGGAUUCUGAUACUCCUGUAGCAGACGCUCUAAUAAAGAGGCUCCAGGAUGAGGAGGAGAAGCGGGAAGGAGGAGUCGUCAGAAGGAUGUUGAGGACCAGGGGUGCUAAAUCAGUAGUGAAGUCUGACAAUGAUGGCUUGGUGGCAGAACCUGCAGAUGACAUCAGCCCAGGAGAGCUUUCAUACAUCUUCUCUUCCUCACGGAGGAGAACAAGAGCCAGCAGAGCAGAGUCUCCAGGCCUCAGUAAAGAGCUUCCAGUGGCCGUCCCUCGCAACAAUGGACGAAAAGUAAAAAUUUUUCCCAAGGAAGAACUUACUUCAGAAGACCACGUAGAAGAGGGGAAACCAGUUUCUAAACGUAGAACUGGAAGACGAGCGGCUAAAUCCAACGCCGCUUCAGAGCCAGCCACCGUAGUCCAAGCAGACGUGAUCUCACCGAUGCCCAGCCCAGCUGAUCUGGUCCCACGAGCACAGAAGAGAAUCAAGGAAGCAAACGCUCGGACCUCGGGCAUGAACCUCCGACGUAAACGCAUAAUGGAAACUGUUUUCACCAGGCCUGUCACCAGAAGGAAGAAGCUCUGAGGGGAGAGAAGAGGAAGGCUGUCCAAUCAAAGUGUGUGUUUAAAGUUAAGCAUCGAAGCCGUCUACAAGAUGGCAGAAUACAAGCAACGUGGACAGGUGUGGAAAAAGACGUAUACCAGAGCUCGUAGUCUGGUGGAGCAACAGAACAAAAAUAAAACACUUUUCAGACGCUCCCUUAAAGAGAACCAGAGAAGAAAGUAAACCCACCUCUUAGCAUAGAGGCUGUAUUUACGUUCUCUUUUUAAGAUUGUGUUCUUAAUCUUACCAUUUUGGAAAACUGCUGCUCAAGCAUCCACUAUUUCUAACAAAUUGUAAAUAAUUAUUUUUUUCUUUCUUUUUUGCCAAAUAAAGUUAAUGAAACGCAGAUUUGAAAAUUUUAUGGUUCACUGCUCUAGUCUUAAGUUUGAAUUUUAUGGAUGAGGCACAUGAUGUUGAUGUGGUACCGAAAUGUUUACUGGAAAUAUUGUACAGUAUGCAAAAGAAAACAACAAUUUGGACUUGUUUGACUUGUGGGACAUGUUAAUUGACGUGUUCAUUGUAUGACUGAUUCAUAGGCUAUUUUCUAUUGAAUGAUGUCUUAUUUUUGAUGACUGCUCUUUGAUAAAUGCAGUAAAGA